AUGUUCCGAUCUACAGCCACUCGCCAGGCCGUCAGGGCUCUUACACAGACUUCCCGUCCUGCUGUAUUGACAGCUUCGUCCCGGCCAGCCUUGGCCAGAUCUUUCUUCCGCCCCAUCUCCUCUACCGCUCCCCGUGCCCAGAACGAUGGGAACAACAAGUCGAGGAAGGACCCCCUUGUGACUGCGACCACCAAUGCACCAGAGGGCACUCUGGGAGAGACAGAGGGUCGGUUCGCCCGCACGGAUGAGAGCUUGCAGAUCGAAUACCCGGAUGAUGAACAUAUGCCUCCCCAACCCGUUGUUCAAGGCCGGGGUGGAAUGCACUUCAAGCGUACCCUCGCCCAGUACUCGUUGGAGAACAAAGUCAGCUUGGUCACCGGAGGAGCUCGUGGCCUUGGUUUGGUGAUGGCUCAGGCUAUCGUCGCAUCGGGAUCUGAUCUUGCAAUUGUCGACUUGAACAAGGAGGAAGCCGAGGAGCAGGCACACAAAUUGGUGGAGCAAUUCAGAAAAGAAAACCCGGGUUUGGAACAAAUGCCGAACGUUACCGCUCACUACGCCGAUGUGGCCGACCCAGACUCGGUGAACGCAGCCCUUACGGAAAUCAUUGGGAAGCACGGCCGUAUCGACAAUCUGGUAACAUCCGCCGGGUUUACCGAGAACUUCGAUGCCAUUUCCUACCCUUAUGAUCGCGUGCAAAAGUUGUGGGGGGUCAAUGUGGACGGCACCUACCUAUUUGCGACCGGUGUCGCGAAGCACCUGAUGGAGCGUAAGGUUCCUGGCAGCAUUGUCAUGAUCGGUAGUAUGUCUGGUGCCAUUGUCAAUGUGCCUCAGCCGCAGGCUCCUUACAAUGCCGCCAAGGCUGCCGUUCGCCACCUGGCGGCGUCUCUCGCCGUCGAAUGGGCCGGUCAUCAGAUCCGGGUUAACUGCAUCAGCCCGGGAUACAUGCUAACUGCCCUGACCCGCAAGAUUCUGGACGAAAACCCCGAACUGCGAGACAAGUGGAUCUCUCUCAUCCCCGCUGGAAAGAUGGGUACUCCUGAGGACCUAAUGGGCCCCGUUACCUUCCUCCUCAGCGACGCCGCCAAAUACAUCACUGGCGCCGACCUCCGAGUUGAUGGUGGCUACACUCUCACCUAA